AUUACUCUUUUUAGAAGAAAGAGAAAAAUUAUUUCGAACAGAUGUUACUUUAAUUGAAUUGGAUGGUUCAUCGACAAGUAUUACAACUACUCAAUCAUCAUCUAUUAUUACAAUUCCUCCAUCAUCAUCAUUUAGUACAAGUACUUCUGAAUCAUCAUCGUUUAAUACAAAUACUUCUCAAUCAUUCACCGCCACAGCGACAAAUUCUCUAAUAUCAAUCUUUACUAGUGAAUCAUCAACGGAUUGCUUAUCAAAAUCGCCUACGAAUAGUUUUACACCUGACCGAUGUAAUACUGAUACAAAUAUUCAUCAGCUUUUUACAGAUCAAUAUAAUAUUCCUUCAUUACCAAAUAAUUUAAUCAAAGAUAUUGAAGAUGGAGAUAUGAUUAAAUUUGGUCCGUAUUUCUCGAAUCGACAAAUUCUUAUUGAUGCUGUUUCUUACAAUCUCAUCAACAAUUACAAACUUUUGUAA